AUGGACUCGGACUCGCGCGCCUCCCCGCUGCCCCCCGAGGCCUGCCGCCCGGGCACUCCGCGGUGCCGCACCGUCGAGGACUUCAAUAAGUUCUGCACCUUCGUCCUGGCCUACGCCGGAUACGUCCCGCGCCCGCAGGAGGAGCCCCCCGUAUGGAGCAGCCCCAGUCCGCCAAGCAGCACUGGCAGCACAGCCGACAGUGACAGCGGGGAUCCCCGGUUUGGGGACCUCCCCGCUGCGCUCACCCUGCCCGCGGAGCCCCGAAGGAGCUUCAGCCAGCUGAGGCACGGGAAGCCAUACUCCUCCGUCUACCAGUGGGCGAGCCCUGGCGGCUUCCUGGCGGACAGGAAGAAGAUGAGGAAGAGGAGGAGGCUCCUGAGGAGGGACACACUGCCGCUCACCCCUGAGGUGGAGUACAAGGGGGAGCUGCUGAAGGGCGGCCAGCCUGCGAGCCCCUCUUCUGAAGGCGAGGGGCAGUCUUCCGUGAGACGCUGCUCCGCGUGGGACUCGGACACGCUGUCCAGCCCCUCGUUCCACCCUGCAGUGCCACAGGCGGAGCAGAGCCCGGUGCAGACCGUGGGCAAGCGCACCAUCAUCCGGCAGGGCAAGCAGGUGGUGUUCCGGGAUGAGGACGGCAGCGGCGAUGAUGAGGACAUCAUGGUGGAUUCAGAUGAUGAUUCCUGGGACCUUGUGACUUGUUUCUGCAUGAAGCCCUUUGCUGGACGCCCCAUGAUCGAGUGUGAUGAAUGCCACACCUGGAUCCACCUCUCCUGUGCCAAAAUCCGCAAGUCCAAUGUCCCUGAAGUCUUUGUCUGCCAGAAGUGCCGAGACUCCAAGUUUGACAUCCGGCGCUCCAACCGGUCCCGGAUGGGCUCCCGCCGGUGCUUCCUAGACUAGUGGGAGGGACUGGGAUGCAAAUAGCCAAGCCCUGCAAGGCAAGGGACUCCAGUCAGUGGGGCAGAUGCAGAACUGCCGUUAGAAGGGCUUCCUCUCCGCCGAGGGCUCCACAAGCAUUACGGCACACUUGAUGUCCUACACUGUGGUUAGAAGCGACUCGGCACCCCAGAGCGAGCUGGGAAAGGCGGGGCGAGGCUAAGGAGGGGAAGCACAGGGCAGCCUGCGGCCCAGCGCCCCGUUCUCUCCUGCCUCCUGCGUUUGCCCUGUGCAAAGGCGUGCAGGGCUUCAGACAGGUCCAGGGAGGAGAUGCAGCAGUUUGGGAGUUGGACGUAAGAGUAGCCAAGUUGCAUUGCCAUUCUGGUAUAAUGGCAGGUGUGGGAAAGAUUCAGGGGAUGCGAGGUUCCCCCGCCCCAUGCAGCAACUUGGGGGCAAUAGGACCACCAUCCCCUCACUCCUGAAUCCAGGCGGAUUUUGGUUUCCUUCUGAAGCAGAGCCUCCAGUGGAGAAAGCCAUCCCCUUGUGCAGCCGGGGAUAGAAGGGCCACCUACCCUGGCCAGUUUCCAUCUGUGUUGCUGCCUUCCGGGAUAACUCACAAGACUGGUAGUCCCCAGUGUUGGCUUGCCUGCAAUUCUGACAAGCUGAGCUUGGAGGAUGGCAAAGACACAAUGUCUUUCCAGCAAACGAAAGGAAUGAGCCCUCCUAUCGCCACCUGCACUGGCAGCAAGAAGAGGCAGGUGAACUAGGAAUGGGUGGUGGUGGGGAUGCAGACUUUGUGGUUUCACAAGCUCAUGGUUUGGUCCCCGGGGGCACUUCCCUUGCAGUGACCAAGCAAGAGCAGAGAUCUUAGUCCUUGGUUUGAAGAGAUAUUUUUCUGUGGGUUUCAUAAGGCAUUCAGUGCUCAGAGCUACACGGCUGGUAGGUGAAGUAAAGAAAAAUGGUUCAUGUGGAGCUUGAAGGGUGGAAUAGUUUGGUGAAACGGAGUGCAGGCUGCAAGGAGUGCAGCAAGACAGACUGUGCAUUCCCUGUGGACGUCUAGACUGAAAUGGCACAGGACCUCUCCAGAUGACAGGGAGAAGCAGAGUGGUACGAAAAGCUGAAGAGGCAGGAAAACUGCCCCCCAGCCAACUACUUGCAAAUGGUUUAGUAGGGCAACCUUGACUGCAUUCCUGCAAUGUUGCAGUUUGCCCAUUUGCAGAAGUUCUAUAAGGAGAAUGGGAUUUCCCAGUACAGAAAUGACUGCGUGAUCUGGCUGCUGGGCAGGGAAUGCUCUGGAAUGCCCCUGUGGCUGCUGUCUGAGAGCGCAGCCUUGAUGAGCGGGCUGAGGAGCCUUGCAGAGUAGCCAAGUUGUUCUGGGGCUGCUGCCUGUACUGAUGAUGACGUGAGCAGUGAAGCAAAAGGGCUUCUCUUCAUUCGGUGACUCAACUCUGGGACCCAGUUGCUACCCUUCUGUUUUGUCAUGCCCAAAGAUAUCUGUUAAGUCACAUUAAUUGGAGUUCCAAAACAAAAAUAAAUGCCUGCAUGCCUGUGAGUUUAUCUGUGUACAAGCUCAGCGGGAGAACUAUA